AUGAGCGGGAAAAACCAAGACGGAUGGACUAAGUUGCCACUACCAAGGUUAUUUGCCACUGCUUCUCACCGACUCUGCUUUCUUUGCCGUUCCUUUCCCUUUACCGCUUCCUCAUCCACCGCCUACGUUUACCAACACUUUUUGAUCCACCGCUCUGCAUGUAUACAAAAUCGCCUUUGCUUGUCUGAAGCUCUGGAAUCGGUCGACACAGUGGAACCGCUUCCUCAUCCAGACGCCCUUCUGCCUAUCCACGCCCUUCCGCCGAUCUUCACGACCUUUGUUUUGCUGAAAAAUGACUCGAUACUUGACUGUUCUUCGAUUUCGUGUAUACUCGACUGUCUAAAAUUGAUCGGCGGUCGCAUCCCUUCUCUGAAAUCGAACGAAGACGCCCUGGAGUCAUCAUCUCACUACAUGAACGAGUUUGAUUACGCUCAAGGGAGACGACAAUGGCAAGGAGAAGAUCUGGAUCUUUCUUCAUAUUCUAGAAGACAUGAAUCACAACAACCAGUUCCCCUAAGUAAGAAAGUAUCAGGUGAAAUCCCAAUUUCCGCACCCCACUAUCUAUCUGUAAGAAGUACAUCGGGUCCAUUAGGCCCUGGUCACAAGCAUGUCUGCUACAUGAUUCCAAGACAACCAGGUUAG